AUGGGGCAUAUUCCGGAAGGAAAGUGUACGGCAUUGGCGAGUUUAAAGUGGAUGAAGGCGAUGUUGUCUUUUCCCCGUCGGAGAUGUAACCUGGACUCACCAUACUUGACCAGGCAAGAAAGAUCCUUCUUGUCGGCAAGUGCGCCAACGAGAAAACAAACUUCCACAACAGACGGAGGAGUACAAGAUCUCUUGACUGUGUCGUACAGCACUAUCGCGGCUGCGACGACUUCGGGUGUUGCGGUUCGCUUCCCUGCGUUGGGAGCUGGAAUUGACGGGAGGUCUUAA